GGACAAAUUUGUUUUAGUAAACCAACUGCUCAAACGUAUUCAAGCAAACUCAUCGCAGUGGUUACUUCCCUUUGGGGGAGGCUUCUCAGAGGGUCUGUCAUCAAAACGGAGAAGGAAAUUAAAAAAGCACGAUAUAUGCAUGAAAUUAACAUAAAAUGUGUUGAUUUGAGUGAUCGUCUUGUAUUUUACUCGUGGUCAUAUGAAAGAAAAUCACUAGUGGUUGCACCUCUCGUGAUCAAAUUUUUCAUUUGACCACUGGUGAAAUAAAAUAUCCUCUAAUGUUCUCAACACAAAUUGCUUUGGAGGGCAGUAGGUCGAAAAUCAACAGUUUUCGGAAGGCACAAUUACUCAGCAACAGUUUAAGCAAGAAACGUCAGUUGCAGGUUGCCAUUGGCCAACGUAUGUCUGCUGUUCUUUUCUUAGGUCAGUAGAUCAAUGGUCAUGAUAAACAGUAUUAUAAAAGUUUCGUCCGCACAUUAACACCAGAACGUUUAUACCUAGGAUUAUAAAAGAUCACUGGUAUGUUGCUAUUGACCACAAGAUGGCCUCUAUUAAUUUAAGGUUAGUAGGUAAAAGAUAAAGGUCACAGUCAACUGUCUUGUUAAAAGUUACAAUAAUCAAAGAACUGCUUUACCUAGGAACAGUUUAGUUUAUUGGUAUGUUUCUCUUGACCAGCUGAUGACCUUUAUGGUUGUUGAGUUCCGUAUGUCAAAGUUCACUUAUAACAGUCUUAUGAAAACUUCGUCUUUAAAAUACCUCGAUGACGGUGUGACCUAGGAUAGUACAACUUCAGUGCUAGGCUGCCCGUUAAUAGUUUAAGCCAUAUUUAUUGCGGGGUGUCAGCUAAUCAAAGAGCACAGUCUCAUGAAAACUUAGACUGAAAUUUAAAUUUGAAAUAUUUGUCCUUACAAUCAUAAAAAAUGAAACCUUUUAAAGUCACUGCUUAUUUUCUCACAACAUUUUUAUAUAAUCAUCCACAUGUUUUUGACAGAACGGCGCUUUGAUGGCAUACUGAUUGACAAACAUCCCUUGUUCUGAAUUAUCUAUAUACGUGUAUACUUUUCAUCAGGAAAGUUUUAUUAUUUAUUUCUAAUUAUUCUAUUCAAGACUCUUGCAUUGGAACAACCUCUCUCUUUUUCAGAUCUGUUGGCCACUAAAUAUUCAUGUGCACGAAGGAACAGCUAAAAUAUGCACUAAAGGAAUGAUGCAAAGGUCAUCUCCUUCAUUUGGACAGAAACGUUUUCUAUCUAUGCCAAAUCAAUUAGUAUCCAAAUUUGGUGUAGAUAUAUUUUUAGAAACAAUGAAAUAUGCAGAAACAAGUUCGAAGAUCACGGGAAGCAUUCCCAGAAGAAGAUGAGUAUAACCCAUAUCUGGAUUUAGCACAGGAACAGACAUUAUUGGCCCGCGAUCACAUCGGCCGAAACAUUCACAAACUUCAACCAGGUGAUCAUAUCGGUUGGGAACGAUUCUAUAUCAUAUUUCAUCACGCAAUCGUUAUCGAGGUAAAGUCUGAAAGCAUUGAAGUAUUUCAUUUUAGCAAGGACAAAAAAGAGAAACGUAUCAAAAUAUUGAAAGAAGAAAAAAAUAAUUCAGAAAACUGCUUUUUGUAUAGAUUUAAUUAUCCAUCGUAUGUGCUAAAAAGAAAUCCACCGCAUGUUGUUUUCCAAAGAGCAACAUGUUUAAUGCUGUCUUCGCAUCAGGAAUCCUACAAUCUUUACAGUAACAAUUGUGAGCAUUUUGCAACGUUUUGUAAAACGGGAAAAAGUCAUUCUUGCCAAAUCCAAUGGUUAAUGAAAAACGUUGAAGAAGCUGAAGUUCUUUCUUCUGGAUUAGGGUGGGAACAGAUUGGGAGACAAGUUGCAAGGGACGGCCUAGAGCGAUAUACAAAACCUUCUGUAUACCAAACGUUAAGGGAAACGGGGAAAUGUCCUACAAAACGUGUUGUUUUUGGAGCAUCAACAUUGUCGGAAAGGCCAAUAGUCGAUGCACAAAAAACUGCAUCCGAGAUAGCGUCAAAAUCAAGCAUUGAAGUAGGCGGAAAGGUAACAGCAAAGUUUGCGUCGACGUCAAAAGGAGCCAUGAUAGAGUAUGCAACAAGAGAUACCGGCAGAAUAUGGGGAGGUGCAACAAAAGCUGGAAAAAUAUGCACCCGAGUAGGGACUGUUGUAGGCGCAGUAGUAACAGCAGUUGUAGACAUAGUUUCAACUGGUUACGAUAUUUACAAUUACAAGAAGCUUAAAGAUGCCGGAAAAAUGUCAAAGGAAGAUUUUAAGAAAAAUGUCACUGAACGCGUGUGUGAAGGUGCUAUCGGUAGUAUAGCAACAAUUGCUGGAGAUUUAGGAGGAAUGAAAGUGGGUGCGUUAGCAGGAGCUGGAAUAGGCUGUUUUUUUGGUCCUGUGGGGGCCGUAGUUGGUGCUGGAAUUGGUGCUGUAAGUGGGGCGAUUAUAGGAUCGUUGGUUGCUAGAGGAGUUGGCAAAACGAUUGGACGGUUUUUUGGUCGUCUUAUUGGACGUUUUUUCUGAAAGACAAAAAGCCUGAGAAGUCUUUCUAAACUCAUAUUUUUUUAUUGAUGGGACGUCACUUACUGUGAAAGAAGAAACACAGUUUCAUUAUUUCAGGAUUCGUUUUACCUUCUCAAUCAUAAUGGCAGGGAGUAAAUGUUUGACAUGAUGGACAUUUCUUUAAGAAGCUGGAACAUUGUCUUAAUCAAAGUUUGUGACUUUGGUAAACAUAAACGAUUUAAUGUUAUGAUGCAUCAUUUCAUCCACCAUAUGCUACACAAGUUGACAGAAGCAUAGCGCACUGAAACGCACGAAACUUCAAUCCCAAUUAACUGCUCUCUUCAAUAACCAAAUAUUUACUAAAACUAUUGAAAAAAGUGAGGUUAAUCGGUUAGACAUGAGCUUAACUAUUUAACUAUAAGAAUUGACUUUAAAAACCUAGAAGAUUUCAUUUCAGCGGAAAUUUUCGAAUUCAAUUACUCUGGGUCAAAAGUCAAUGCCCAUCGACUUAGCUAAUGUGGACGACGUAUACGUAAAGGAUGGUUAAUCUGUAUAGCGGAUCAAACUAUUUUGUAACUGCGAUGGAAUUUGUCAAUGUUUAUGUCUUUUGUUUUAGUUUAAGGUGCAUUAAACAUAUAUAACAAUGUUAUACGAAAUAGUUCACGUAGUCGUAACCUUAAUUCCCUGGGCGUAUCGAGUAAUCAUAUAAUUGCAAUCAUGCUUUAUAAGUUUUGUCACAAUUUGACAGUCUGUGAACUAUUGAGGCUAUUUUCUACCAGAACUACUUUGUUUUCCAUAUAUAUGUCGCUUCGGCUAGCUGGCGCCUCAAAGUUGUCAUUUUGGCGUAAACGUGCUUAUGAAAAUGUGAUAUUGACGUCCUUCUUUGUCGUUCAUACCUUAAUCCGUUUUAGAAGUUCAUUGAAAUUAUCGUUUUGCAUUAUUUUCGUUAUUAUAUUACUCACUUUUAUAUGACUAUACAAGAGUAAGGCAACAGUUUGGUUAUAAAGCUAUUACACUAUUAUCUUGUUUAGUUUAUCGUUAAUGUGUUUGUUCUAUUUGUACUCAAAUUCGUAACAUUCCUUUGUGGAUAAUUCUGUUAACUACCAUGUGUAAAUAUAAUAGUCAUAUUCAUUUCAGGAAGGCCUUCACGCGUUCUGCAACCAGCCCAAUUGCGUUAAUAUCCCCGAUAAUGACACCAACCAAGCAAUUAAUUACAUAAUUAUAUUUACACCAACAUUUCAUUCGUUCUUACCAGAACUGUUAACAAAAUUAAUUUCAUUUAAGAAACUUUACAGUAAUGUUUAUUCACCAAUUCUAUAAAAAGAACGACCCGACUUUUAUCUGAAAAAGUUUAUCAUAUGACGUCAUAAUAACGCGGGAAAAAUUGAAUCGCUUCAUAAUUGAAAUGUUAAAUCACUUUUUAACGUAAAAUUGAAACGCCAAUGACAAGAAUACAUUUAACAUACCAUAAAUUAACACUUUUCAACAUGUUGAUUUAAGUGAUUUGUGGUUUAAUUACACAUUACAAACAAUAACAAGGAAAACAAUUUUCGAUUUAUAUUAAUACGCGAUGAUUUGCAAUCCAAAUGUAUCCGAAUAUGAAAAGUUCAUCGGAAAAUAUUCGCAAUUGCCGAUAGGCCGUUCAUUUAAGGAAUGGAAGUUUUUGAUGUUAAUAUGUAUUUUUAUAUGUGUUUAUAAUCAAUCGCAUUAAUGAUUUAGUGCAUUUUUUCAAAACUAUAACACCAACUAAAAACAACAAUAAAUUACACUCGAAAUAUUUUCUUCAGUAAAUAUAGUUUGUUCAAGACAAAAUAUUUUCCUGAAAUAGUAAGUAAUUAUUGUAAAUAAAUAUCAGUCUUUAAAAGGUAGCGCUCAACACAUGCAACUAUGCUGAUGUAGGUUUUGAAAACGACAGUAUCGUGAUACGGAAUUUUAAAAUCGGCGUGCUGUAUUUUCACUGUAGGAUAUGGAAAAGGAAGUUGAUAGACAAAAAGGUGGAAACAGGUGGAAGUUAGAUAUUAAAGUAAAACACUUUAUCUAAAUAAAGCACAAUCGAUACACUUGAAAAUAAAAAAAAUAAUAAUGCUACAAUGUUUUUAAUUAGGUGAUUUCAUAUAACCCAAGUUAUUUGUCCGAGAUUACCUGAAAUGAAUGCUUUAUCAAAUACAGAGCUCUGACCGAGGAAAAAUAACUCGGCCAAUAUGAAAUCACCUAAUUAAUAAGUAUUUAUUUAUUAACUAUUACGUAUGGUACGACAUUUUGGUAAACACAUUCAAAUGACUUACCAUUAGUUCAUCUUGAAGUUUAUCUAUCCCUUAUUCGUUCAUUUUGACAUGUAUCUUUAAGUGACAUUGAAUAUACUUAUGCAUAAAGCACUGUACAGUCUAAGGAAGCAUGCCUCGUUUUUAUUUCGUAAAACGUUAUGGAAAACGUCGCUUUUUUCACCUUCGUCGUCUAUUUUGUUGGUGUACAAAAACAUAAUUGUCGUAAAACUCACCAACAGGUUAAAUACAACUAUACUGAAAUCAAACCGUACAUUGUGGUUGAAAUAUUUAAUAGGCUUAUAAUUCCAAGUGUGUUUUACGAAGCACACCUUUAAAAUUAUUUCCAGCAUAUUUCUCAUAUUGGGCGAGUUCCGAAAGCCAACGAAAAUGUUCCAUUUCUCAAAUCUUAUAUUUAGCGCGUUUAGUAGCCAAUCAAAACGGCGGAAACUCAUACUGGCCGCCUUUGACAUUUGGUUUGACAUUGAACGCGUGAAAUACAUUAUUGUUGAUUAAUAAAAUUUGGUAUAAGCUUCAAGAUGAUAUAUAUGCUGAAUGUAUGACAAUAACUAUUAGAGUAUACAUAAUAGACCCAUGUAUCAUGUCUCAUUCUGAAUUGUUUGAUGUAUCGCUAGGUGCCAAGCAUAGAAAACCCUUUCUCUUCAUAGUGCUCUAGAACGACGCAAAGGACACAUUGAUAUUUUAAAGCUUUACUCUCACAGGUUUACCGUUUUGACAACUUGUUGACAAAAAUCAGAUGGCAGAUUUUCAUAUUUCCGUUCGGAAAUUUAUGUUUGUUGCUAAAAGCAUUACUAACGAUUUAAGAAAAUGCAUAAAACAUAUUUUUUUAACUUUAAUAUGAAAAUCUGCGAUCUGGUAUUAUCUCAGCAGUCUUAUAUCACUGGUUUAUAUGCUUUUUCCCAUGAAUUGGCUCAUUCCAAGACAAAAAAAUAAAUACAAAAAGUUGUCAAAACGUUCAAUCUGUGAGAGUUCAGCUUUAGAAUGAGUGUCUGCUUUAAAAUAUAUUCUAUAUCUAUAAUUAUGUUACGUUUGCUGAUGAUAUUGCUUUAUUGUAAACUAUUAUUUUAGUAUGAAUCCCCAGUUUGAUUUAUUGUUUAUACAUUUAAGUGAGCAGUGUAUUUACUAUUUUACGUAGAGUUCCUUUUGAUGUAAAGCAAAUAUAUUUAUUUUUUAUUCUCUAUUUUAAUCAAUAAUCGCAUAUGGAUCUGAUGUGUAUUUUAUUACAAAGAAAUCGAUAAGCUACAUCUCAAGUUUUACAAGCAUGUGUUUAGGCACGAUUUCCAUUGUCAAUUCUAUGACAGGAAAGAUCACUUAACUUUUGGUUGAAAGUCAUGAAAAACAUAUUCACUAAUACAUCAUAUAUUUGUUGAUCAUAGAAGCUUGUUUGUAAAUUAUAAUUCAACAAAUAUAAAUUUCGCUGUAUUUCAUUCCAAUCAUAAAUUUUUAAUAGUCUUGGUUUUAUAGUAUGUACUUAAUGAUUUUAAAUCUAAAGAUAAUUACUCACCUAUGUCAUCGCAACGAAUAAUUUAUCAUUUUUUAAACAUGGCAAACUACCCAAAUCAACUUAAAAUGGAGAAUGCUUAUGUACUUUGUUUAUAUAAUAAUGACCUUGUACAUCAAAACUAUAUUGAUGAAAGUAAAUAAAUAUCAAAAUUAGA